GCCAUAUAAACGAAAAUAAAACGUGUUGAGUGCGUCGUUAAAUAAAACAUUUCCUUCCUCCAAGAGCCUGUGUCGCGAGCGGUACCGAACGCUCGGCCUCCUGAACGCACAUCUUUUGGGUAAAAAUACCAGUCUAGCGAACGACCACGAGCACAUCAAGUACGUUUUGUGAUUACAAAGCAGUGUGUUUAAAAAUAGAAGAUGGAUUUUCAGCAUCGUGCUGGUGGUAAAACCGGCACUGGGGGCGUGGCCUCUGCCUCUGAAAGCAACCGUGAUCGACGAGAGCGACUUCGACAGCUCGCCUUAGAAACUAUCGACUUGAACAAGGAUCCAUAUUUUAUGAAGAAUCACUUGGGCUCUUACGAAUGUAAACUCUGUUUAACACUCCACAACAAUGAGGGAAGUUACCUGGCUCACACACAAGGCAAGAAGCAUCAAGCAAACUUAGCCAGACGAGCGGCCAAGGAGGCGAAGGAAUCUCCCGCUCAGCCUGCUCCAGAGAAGACAAAAGUCGAGAUCAGGAAGUUCGUUAAGAUCGGUCGACCUGGUUACAAAGUGACGAAACAAAGGGAUCCAGAAACAUUACAGCAGAGCCUCUUGUUUCAGAUUGACUACCCUGAAAUAGUUGAGGGACUACAUCCAAGAUACCGCUUCAUGGCUGCGUAUGAACAGAAGGUCGAGCCUCCAGACAGAAGGUGGCAGUAUCUGCUGUUUGCUGCGGAACCGUACGAGACAAUCGCAUUUAAGGUUCCGAGUCGUGAAGUGGAUAAAGAUUCUAAAAAACUUUGGAAUUUUUGGAACAGAGAAACAAAACAGUUUUUCCUGCAAUUUGCUUUCAAAGUUGAUGCCAAGAGUAUCAUGCCAGACAAAAUGAUGCCGGCACCACAUCAUGCACCCAUGCCUCCCAAGAUGCCAGCCCCUCCCAGACUGCCCCCACCCCCAGGACCACCUCCAGGCCUAGGGGCACCGAUGCCCAUGCCACCCAGGCCACCACCUCCAUCAGGUCCUCCCCCACUGGCACCACCCCCACACCGACCUCCUCAAAUGAUGCCCCCAGGUCCUCCCAUUCCCAUACCUCCUGGACCACCAGGUCAGCCUAUUUCUGCUCCUCCUCCACCACCGGUGUUACCACCGGUCCCUCCAUCAAUAGCACCUCCUCCAGUGAUUCCUGCACCUCCAGUACCACCCCCUCCCCCUCCAAAUCCACCCUCAUAAAAGUAAAGUGUAGAUCAUGUUUCAAAUCAUUAUGAUGAAUCCAUUUUAAGUCUCAUUGUCGGUUUCUGGUUGUCCAUUUCAUAGAAAAAUAUUGCAGUUAUGUUGCAAGUGGUGUUUAAAUCAUGAUCAUCCUAUGUUGCUGUAAUUAUGUGAAAGAAAUAUGGUCACUGAAUAAGUCCAACAUACUAUUUGUACCUAUGGCCGAAAGUGAAGGAAUUCCAGUCAGUCGUAUAGCAAUGGGAAUUCACUUGAGAUUACUUAGUAAUUCAAUACCAAAAACCUUUCUCUUUUUUCUAUUUGCACCUAUGGCCGAAAGUGAAGGAACUCCAGUCAGUCGUAUAGCAAUGGGAAUUCACUUGAGAUUACUGAGUAAUUGAAUACCAAAAACCUUUCUCUUUUUUCUUUUUAAGGAAAAAAGAAAAUAAGUUUCAACAUGUUCAGACUUUUUAACAAUUUUACUGUCGUAUGUUAAGAAAAAUAUGUUUUUAUGAUUCAAUAUAAACAAUCAUUUGUGAA